UCAUUCCGAAUCAGUGCUUGAGCACAGACCGUGCGCACAGAUCGCCCCAGAUUGCGCCUGGCUGUUGUGGUGCGCUCCUUCUCCACGGCACCAUGAGCGACUUGAAGGCGGCUUCGCGCCAAAGCUUGCGCAGCAAAAGCAAGAGCUUGGCCUCCAAGUCGCAGCUUCGCUCUGUCAGCCGACUGCAUGCUGGUAGUCGAACCCGUCUUGGUGGCGAGGGCCCAGAUGUCGAUGCUUGGAUUCAGCAAAAGGAUCCCGUGAAACCGGUUGAUCAGUUGGUUUUGACAACCGAGGAGUUGGACCAAGAGUUGACGCGCAUCCUGCGCGCCGACAAUCCUCAUGCUCCUGACAACAUUGUUCGCUUUUCUUUCAAGGAACAAGCUUACCGCCAAAUGUCCAGCGUGGAGCAAUGUGCAGUGCACUUUAGCCUCUCGGGGACAAUUGUGCACAAGGAGAGCGAUGAAGGCCGUCGUCAGCAGACCCGCAAUCGCUUCAAGCGCAACAGUAUGGCGGGGGCUGCGCUCACCACGGAGGCUGGCGUGGAUGCAGGAACAGAUGCACCGGACGCCGGUGAAGGCGCAGAGGGCGAGGAUACCAAGCUGGCCCCCACCACCGAAGAGGACGAGGGGAUCACUGGGGACGACGCUGCGGCAGAAGCCGCGGCCGAGGAGGCCCCCGCGGUGGCGGCCGAGAACGCCGAGGAGCCGGAUGAGGACGAAGAGGAUCAACAGGACAAGCCCCUGCGCAACCAGUUCAACUUUAGCGAGCGCGCUUCGCAAACCUACAACCACGUCAUGCGCGAGCGCGGUACCAUGACGGAUGCCCCCGCCCGACGUAACUUUAGCGGUAACGCAACGCAAUGGGUCAUGUACGACGCCUACGUGGCCGACCUGGCCAAGCAGGCCGCUGCCAAGGAUCCCAAGAAGAACAAGCAGGUGACCAUCAAGCGACCCAGCACCACGAAACGUAGCAUUUUGCAAGAGCCCGAAGACGCUGCUGCCAGUUGGGCUGCCAUGGCCAACUACUUUUCACCUGCAACGGUGGAGAAGAUGGAGCGCCUGACCAACCAGAACACGUUUGAUGAUGUGUUGCAAGAUUUCCGCUAUUGGGAUGAUCCUUCAGACCAGUUCAAGCCGGCUGAAGGUAGCCUGCUGCCCCUGUGGAAGCUCACUCAUGACAAGUCGCGCAAGAAGACUGUCACCAGCAUGGCGUGGAGCCCGCAUUACAAGGACCUGCUCUAUGUUGGCUUUGGCUCGUACGACUUUAGCAAGCAGGCCGGUGGCAUGCUGUGUCUCUUCUCCCUGAAGAAGCCCUCCUAUCCUGAGUAUGCCAUUACUCUGCCCCAUGGCGUCAUGUCUCUGAGCGUGCAUCCGGAUCACCCUUCGAUUGUGGUUGUUGGUCUCUACAAUGGCGACGUGGCUGUUUACGACUUUACGAAGGAGAAUGUCUCGACACCCGUGGCGAUGUCCUCGGCCAAGACUGGCAAGCACAUCGAUCCCGUGUGGCAAUUGCAGUGGCAUGCCGAUGAUGUGGACGGCAACUUGAACUUUACGUCGGUAUCGUCAGACGGCCGGGUCACGAGCUGGACGCUGGUGCAGACAGAACUGCAGCACACAGACAUUGUGCAGCUGCAUCUGCAAGAGUCAGCAGCGGACGAGGAAGGCGUCAUGGAGCCGCUCUUUGGUCUCGGCAACGGCACGGCACUGGCGUUCCACCCAACGCAAGACCGCCUCUUCCUGGUUGGAACGGAGGAGGGUGACAUUCACCUCUGCUCCAAGGCUUACAGUUCCAAGUAUAUUGGUUCGUACAAGUCACACAGCAUGGCCAUUUACCACGUGGCGUGGAAUCCCUUCCAUCCGGACAUCUUCAUCUCGUGCUCGGCGGAUUGGUCGGUGAAGAUCUGGAAGAAGGAUCUGGACAAGCCCGUCUUUACCUUUGAUUUGGGCAACGCUGUGGGUGAUGUGGCGUGGGCGCCCUACUCCUCGACCGUCUUUGUGGCCGUGACGACGGAUGGCAUCGUGCACCUCUACGAUCUCUCGACGAACAAGUAUCAGGCCAUUUGCAAGCAGCCCAUUGUCAAGAAGAGCAAGCUGACGCACGUGUCCUUCAAUACGGCCUUCCCAAUCAUUGCCGUGGGCGACGAGCGCGGUGGUACCACCACGCUCAAGCUCUCGCCGAAUCUCCGCAAAGCCUACGGGGAUAAAAAGUUCAAGGAGGAAGGGGCACAGCAAGCUCAAUUGCAAAAGGUGAUUGACAGCGUGAUUUGAUUCUAAUUGGAUAUUUUUUUCUGUGAAUGGCUGCCCAAGGCAGUAUCGGGUUCUUCCCCCUCUUGGCCAACACGCAAUCCUUUUGCUUUGGCAUGAUGCUUCCAUGUUUUUUGUGUUGUCCUUCUGAAAUUGAGAACAGCAGAAGCG